AUUUCCGCCGACGUCACUGCGUAUGUCCAUAACAGGGCUGCAGCUGUCUGAGAGCAACAAUAACAAGCUGUACCCAACAACUUCACCGCGGCUUUAACGGAACCUGACAGCGCCGUAGACCGCCGAGGGUCACAAAAUGCGGUCGUCCAAAUAACUGUGGCCGCCGUCUCUUCGUCCUCCCAGCCGAAAACCGCGUUAUCGUCGCGGCCACCGCCGCGGAACAAACACGGAGACUCGGCCGCAGGGGGAACAGGGCAGUUCGGGGCUGCAUCUGGGUCAGUGGGCCUGUACGGCGGCCGUACCGGUGGUGUUGUUUUCCCCGCAGUGUCCCGCUGCGCCCGUCGUUCGUUUGAAUACACGUCGUGUGACCCGUUUAACUCGCGGUAACAUGCAGGCUAACGGGGCAGGACAGGACCGGGAUUCAGAACUGUCCUGCCGAAACGGUGCUCAGAACGGUGAGUCGUCCUCCACCGGGGAAGCUCACUCCAACGGACUGGUGUCAGUCACCAACAAUGGAAACACUGUCAGCAACAACAACGGAGUGUCAGCGCAGCCUGCGCCCAACAACAGCAGCGGCUCGUCGGACGUGAAGAAGAAGAAGCGUCUGUCUCAGUCUGAGGAGGAUGUCAUCAGGCUGAUAGGACAACACCUACACGACCUCGGUCUCAAUCAGACGGUGGACCUCCUGAUGCAGGAGUCUGGCUGCAGACUGGAGCACCCCUCUGCCACCAAAUUCCGCAACCACGUCAUGGAAGGAGAGUGGGACAAGGCUGAGAGUGAUCUGAACGAGCUGAAGGCACUGAUGCACUCUCCAAGUGCUAUAGUGAGGAUGAAGUUCCUCCUGCUGCAGCAGAAGUAUCUGGAGUACCUGGAGGAUGGGAAGGUCCUGGAGGCCCUGCAGGUCCUCAGAGCCGAGCUCACCCCCCUCAAGUACAACACGGAGCGGAUCCACAUCCUGAGCGGGUACCUGAUGUGCAGUCAUGCAGAGGACCUACGAGCCAAAGCAGAGUGGGAAGGGAAAGGCACGGCAUCCCGAACGAAGCUACUGGACAAGCUGCAGACCUACCUGCCUCCCUCAGUGAUGCUGCCCCCACGCCGCCUGCAGACUCUGCUGAAGCAGGCGGUGGAGCUGCAGAGGGAGCGCUGCCUCUACCACAACACCAAGCUGGACAGUGGACUGGACUCUGUGUCCCUGCUCCUGGACCAUGCCUGCAGCCGGAAACAGUUCCCCUGCUACACUCAGCAGAUUCUCACCGAACACUGCAACGAAGUCUGGUUCUGCAAGUUCUCCAACAACGGCACCAAACUGGCAACCGGGUCCAAAGACACCACAGUCAUCGUGUGGCACGUCGACGUGGAAACCCAGCAGCUGAAGCUGAUGAAGACUCUGGAGGGUCACGCUUACGGUGUUUCAUACCUGGCAUGGAGCCCUGAUGACGCCUACCUGAUCGCCUGUGGUCCUGACGACUGCUCUGAGCUGUGGCUGUGGAACGUACAGACGGGGGAGUUACGGACUAAGAUGAGUCAGUCUCAUGAGGAUAGCCUGACCAGCGUGGCCUGGAACCCAGAUGGCAAACGCUUCGUCACGGGAGGCCAGAGAGGCCAGUUCUACCAAUGUGACCUGGACGGAAACCUGCUGGACUCAUGGGAAGGGGUCCGGGUGCAGUGCCUGUGGUGUCUGAGUGACGGCCGGACCGUCCUCGCUUCCGACACCCACCAACGUAUCCGUGGAUACAACUUUGAGGACCUGACGGACAGAAACAUAGUGCAGGAGGACCAUCCCAUCAUGUCCUUCACUGUGUCCAAAAACGGGAGGUUAGCUCUGCUGAAUGUUGCAACCCAGGGAGUGCACCUGUGGGACCUGCAAGACCGGGUGCUGGUGAGGAAGUACCAGGGGGUCACCCAGGGCUUCUACACCAUCCACUCCUGCCUCGGAGGCCACAAUGAAGAUUUCAUCGCCAGCGGCAGCGAAGACCACAAAGUUUACAUCUGGCACCGGCGCAGUGAGCUGCCCAUCGCUGAGCUGACCGGUCACACCCGCACAGUCAACUGUGUGAGCUGGAACCCCGUCCUGCCCGGACUGCUGGCCAGCGCCUCAGAUGACGGAACCGUCCGGAUCUGGGGACCCGCCCCCUUCCUGGAUGUCCAGGAUGCAGAGGGGCUCAACGAGUGCUGCAGCAUGGACAGCUGAUGACCUGCUGGACCUCUGAGCCUGAGGAGCGUUAAGACUUUGUAGACACUUGAAUGGAUGAAGCGGGGAAAGCUUUGGUGAUUGGACAGCUGCAUCCUGGAGGCGGGGCGGCAGGGCUCCGUGUCAGGAUGUCACAACACAGAGAUGUCAGACUCGGUCACACGACUGAGAGCAGAGCCAGCCGGGCGAUGCUGUGCUCCAGGACCUCCAGUAUCUGACCCACCUCCUCCCCUUGUUUGGACCCGUUCCCUCAGGACCAUCCAGGACCACCCACCUCCUCUUAUUUAUUAUCAGCUACAUUAUUUAUUCAUGAGUAGUUCACUGACUAGUGCUAGGCUGUGGCGCAGCAACGGCGGGUGGAGGGUGUAGUUUUCUUCAGUCCUGUGUCUCAGCUGCUCACAGCUCGUUCGCUCCAUCUCCUCCUGAAGCUUUGAAGAGAUUUUAUUUGACAGCCGUCACUCACGCUAAGAGGAGGAUGUGUUCAUUUUAAAACUCUGUCAUCUUGUCUUUUUUUUUUUUUUUUAAUGCAGAACACGUUUUUCCUUCAGCUUUCCUGAGUAGAGGCAGAGGAAGAGCACAGGACGACGUGUUUGAUGGAAACUUGUGUUUUACACUUGCAGUGUAUCUAUUAAAUGUGUUGAGUGGUGGCUGCAGCUGUUACCUCUGGAUGAUCUGCGUCUCCUUCCUGCUGUCAGUGUGGACUCCCCCUUUACUCUGCUUCUGCUCCUGUUGCAGGAAUCUCUUUUCCUUUGGUUUAGUUCAUGUUUAAGUUUCAUUUAUAAUCACUGCGUUUGUUUUUUAUUUACUUCGAGUGGAGCUGUUCCCCCCCCCCCAAUACCUCAGCUCAUCUGUCAGCUGCUUCAAAAGAUGAGGCUGGAGUUCUUCUGUUUCAUAUGCUCAGAACCUACAGUGUGUUAGUUCAUACUGAGGACAUCAAUUUACAAACAUAUAGAUUCAUUUUUUUAAAGUGUAAUUUACUGAAACAGCUGCUCACUGUGGUUUUUAUCAAACAGGUGGAAAUAGUGACAUUGUUAGGGACUAUUUUCAGCGGCAGAUUAAUCCACAUUUGGUGCUCUAGUGAGUGUUUGUGGCAGCAGGACAGUGUGCGUGUAUGUGACUGAGUCAGAUUAAACUACAGUGUAUUUGUUCACGGUGAAUGAUGUGUGAGACUGACUAAUUUUAACACACACUCGCUCUCUUUCUCUCUCUAUGAUAAAAAAAGAGAAUUUCCAGCCUCAUCCUUUGAGUUGACCAGGUCACAGUGAGCUGAGAGGUCACAGUAACACACUGAUGGAGUGAGUGUUUAACAGUCAGUGUGUGACACAUUUGUACACAAGUGUAACAUAAAGUUAUGAUGGACUUGACAAAGUGUUUCAGAGAGUCAGAACAGUCUUGCCUGAUGUGAUGUUCUGUGUGAUAUGUGCUGUAUAGUCCUAUGUUAUGGCAUGUACUAUGAGGCUGUUCCACUGGCAGACAGGAUGAAGGGAUGUCCCGGGUUCCCACACCUGCUUCUGCCGUCGGGUGUCAGCAGCUACUCACUGUACCACUGUGGGAAUGUAAAGCGGCACGUCCACAUUCGCACCUGCUGACACAGAACGUCUGUUCGAAGAUUCGCAGAGCAGAGUUCAGACAAGAACCACGUCGAGUCUAUUUGUUGUUUUACACCAAUCUGCUUCUACAGACUCUGUUGCUCAGAUUCUUUUCCAGUCCUGGAUGACACCUGCAGGACUGUGAGGACUGUGGGAACCCUGUUCAUCUGCCCAGGCACCAUGACAACCAUCACCAGCUUCAGCUCUGCCGUCACAGAACACGCACAACACUAGAUGUCACACACAGACGUGGUGGUCCAGCUUCUUUCUGCAGUUUGUUCAUUCUGAGUAUUUCAGGCUUCUCUUCUUUUCUCUUCUCGCUGUAAGAAGCCAAAGUAGAACUUUGUUUGCUUGCAGGCAGUUUUACAUUUUAAAUGUGUUAUUACAAAAAGUGAUUGUACUGUUCUGUAUUGUUCUGUAGGAGAAGUAUUAUGUAUGCAUAUUUUAAAUAAAGCAUUCAGGGUUUUAAAAUGGAA